AUGCUACUUUUAACGCCAUUGGCAUGGGGGUUUGGAUUAAUUUACGGUAAGAAGAGGGUAGCAUUCCGUGCUGGUCAGCCCGAAAUUUCGAAUCCUGCGAGUCUGAUUACCAUAUUCGUUCCUGUACUCCGUGCUUUAGCUCCAAGUCUAUAUACCUGUACACUCGUCAUCAUUGUUGCUCAUUCCUCGAUUUACGAGCUAUGGUAUUGGCCUUUGGUCCCAGACCUGAGACCCGAGACUAGUCUAGCCAUGGCUUCAAUCAAAUUCCACAUCACGCAUACGUUUUUAGAGUCCAUGAUGGCUUCUUUGGAUGUUAAUAAUGCGUAUCUUACCGGAGUUACACCGGUUGCUUUGAGCAAUAUCAAUUCCUCCAGUCUUGGCUUCUUUUGUCCCAAUAAUAUGGAUCAGAUUCCACCUCGGUACUGUCCUCCAACGCCAGAAUGUGAGAUUACACGUCUGGAAACUUUGUGGAAUACUUUCCAGCAGAUUCAAGAUCCUUACAUGUCGAUGAUAUGCAAGCCAGGAUAUUACUGCCUUGCUGGGGGCCGAGAGCAGAUUAUAUGCCCUCCGGGUAACUACCGUCCUCUUGGAUCUUUCAAGCCCAUUCAAUACGAUGUGCCAUCUUCAUGUCAUCAAGGCAGUUCACGCCAAUCUCCAUUCCUUGGAAUUUCUAUGAUCAUUAUUGACAUUUCUCUGGCUCUUUUAUUCGACUAA